GUAACAAACUGAUACUCGCGGUUUAUAGUUUGUAGAAAUGACAGAGAAGCCGAAUAUUGUUAUCCGAACAGCUAGCCUGAAGGAUAAAGAACAAAUUAAGCAACACUUGAGGCUUAAUUUUUACAAAGAUGAGCCAUGCUGCAAAUCCAUGGGAGUUCUUGCCGAAGGACAACCACUUUGUGAAAAUUUGGAAGAUUACUUUUUGUUAUCUUUUGGUAAUGGAUUAGAUCUUGUCGCCGAAUGCGAUGGAAAAAUAGUAGGAGUGUGUUUAAAUGUAUUAAUGGAAAGAGGAGUCGAAGAAACACCAUUUGUAGCAACAAGCGAAAAAUGUAUAAAAAUAAAAGAGUUUUUGGACUACAUAUUCGAAGAGGUUAAUAUCUUUGAAAGAUAUCCCGAUGUAAACAAAGCAAUCAAUUUACUGAUUUUAUCAGUAGAAAUGAAAUACAGACAUCUGGGAAUAGGAACGCUUCUUUGUAAAAGAACAAUAGAAUUAGCCAAGACAUUAGAAGCCAAACUAAUAAUGGUCGAGUGCACGAGCAUAUAUUCAGCAGCUGCAGUGAAAUCUUUGGGCUUUCAAUUGGUCUGGAAAAGUGAAUUCGACAAAUACAAAGUUAACAACGAGAUAGUCUUCAAAACAACACCGCCGCAUAAUAUUGUACAGACAUUAAUAUAUAAAGUGUAAUGUGCUGUGAAUAAAUACGAUGUAAAUUGUGCAAUUGUACAAAAAAUGAAUAUAUCAUUAUAUUUAUUUGCCAAACCAAUUUUUGUUAUAUGUAUAUAUAUAUAUAUAUAUAUAUAUAUAUAUA